UCCAGGACAGCCAGGGCUGUUGCACAGAGAAACCAAGUCUCAAAAAACAAACAACAACAAAAAUAAAUAAAUAAAAGGAAGAAAAAGGAAAGAAAAUAAAACUGAAGCUCAGAGUGGGAAAACUACUUCUCUGGAGUCAUGGGCGUUAAGUGAAUGUCAAGAAGCUGAGAGUCUAACUCAAGGCUCCAUCCUGGGCUCAGCCUCAAAAUCCUUCCUUACCAUUUAUGCUAGAAGCCAUGGCUGCUAAUGGGAGGCUGAGUAGCAGCCAUGCUACAGAAUGCCAUUCUCUCUUCUCUUCUCUUCUCUCCUCUUCUUUUCUUCAUCCCCUAGCCCCUCUGCUGGAUUUGAACACAGGAUUCAUGCAUGCUAGUCAAGUGCUUUGCCAAUAAGCUUCUGGACCUUGUGCUGACUGGCUUUUUCAUGUCACUCUUUUGCUAUUCAGACUCAUCUGGAUGGAGGGGCUCAUGGAAAUGGACAAACGAAGAACACUGAAGGGGUCUUCAACAGGGGAGGUCAGUGUGCACCUGCUGACCAGAGACAGCACAGAUUUUCGUCCUCACCUACCUGCAACUGCCUUUAUUAUUCCUACCCAUGCAGCUACCCUUGGUCUGCCCAGCACUGGCCUGGAUAUGUCCUAUCCCCGGGAACAAGUACAUGUGGACGCCCUGGAGCGAGUGACUAGCAGCGAACCAAUUACCGCCGCCAUCCUACCACAGCUAAGCACGGGGCCAGGGACCAAUAGUACAGUCAGGCUUCUGGACUGGACAGGAGUUCCCACACCUUCAGCUGGGAGUGGCCUGCUGUUUCGGAUAAGCGACUAUGUGCCACUGAAUACGAUGGGAGUAGAGAGACCACCAAGCUCGGAACGGCAACAAGAAGGCCUGGUUGGACAUGAAGGUGACCCUACCGGAGUCGAUGUCCACCAGAAUCCUCAAGAAGCCACCUCUCAGGAACCCCCAGAAGACGCGAGCUCCUGCGAGUGUCAGACUUGUGGGCCUCAACAAGGCACCUCCCCAGACCUUGGUUCUUCGGGCGACCGCUGCCCUCCACCAUUCCAGAAGCGAUCAGUCAUAGUAGAGAACUCAGGCUGUACCAUCGCUUCUGAACUCCUAAAACCCAUGAAGAAGAGGAAACAUAUGGGGUACCAGACUCCAUCAGAGGAGUCAGAGCCGGAGGCUUUCUUUCUACAGAAGCAAGAAGAAGGAAAAGAUGUAGAAAGACAGCCCACCACUGGCGCCCCAGAGAGUGAAGAGGGAAGCAGAAGUCAGCUGGUGUCUGAUGAGAAGAAGGAAAGCUGGUCCUGGGAGUCCUACCUGGAGGAGCAGAAGGCUGUCACUGCCCCAGUCAGCCUCUUCCAGGACUCUCAGGCAGUCACCCAUAGCAAGAAUGGCUUCAAACGGGGCAUGAAGCUGGAAGGCACUGACCCUCAGCACCCGUCCAUGUACUUCAUCCUCACUGUGGCAGAGGUGUGUGGCUACCGCCUGCGCCUGCACUUUGAUGGAUAUUCUGAGUGCCGUGACUUCUGGGUCAAUGCCAACUCCCCAGACAUUCAUCCUGCUGGUUGGUUUGAGAAGACUGGGCAUAAGCUGCAGCCUCCCAAAGGUUACAAGGAAGAAGAGUUCAGCUGGAGCCAGUACCUGCGCAGUACAAGAGCCCAGGCAGCCCCCAAGCACCUGUUUGUAAGCCAGAGCCACAGUUCUCCUCCAGUGGGCUUCGAGGUGGGCAUGAAGCUGGAGGCUGUGGACCGAAUGAACCCAUCCCUCGUCUGUGUGGCCAGUGUGACUGAUGUGGUGGGCAGUCGCUUCCUGGUGCACUUUGACAACUGGGAUGACACUUAUGACUACUGGUGUGAUCCCAGCAGUCCCUACAUCCACCCAGUAGGCUGGUGCCAGAAACAAGGAAAGCCUCUCACCCCUCCACAAGACUAUCCAGACCCUGAUAGCUUCUGCUGGGAGAAAUAUCUAGAAGAAACUGGGACCUCAGCUGUGCCCACUUGGGCCUUCAAAGUGAGACCCCCUCACAGCUUCCUGGUCAACAUGAAGCUGGAGGCCGUAGACCGCCGGAACCCAGCACUGAUUCGGGUAGCCAGUGUGGAGGAUGUGGAGGAACAUCGGAUAAAGCUCCACUUUGAUGGCUGGAGUCACAGCUAUGACUUCUGGAUCGAUGCCGACCACCCAGACAUCCACCCUGCAGGCUGGUGCUCCAAGACAGGACAUCCCCUGGAGCCUCCUCUCCGUCCCAGAGAGUCCAGCUCUGCCUCACCUGGGGGCUGCCCUCCUCUCAAUCACAGGAGCCCACCCCACACAAAGCCCUCCAAAUACAACUUUCACCAGCGGAAGUGCCCCACUCCUGGUUGUGAUGGUUCCGGUCAUGUCACAGGCAAGUUCACAGCUCACCACUGCCUCUCUGGCUGUCCGCUGGCAGAGAGGAAUCAGAGCCGGCUGAAGGCAGACCUAUCUGACUCGGAGACGGCAGCCAAGAAGAAGAACUUGUCUAAUUUGUCCCCAAGGAAGAAGCCCCGCCAUCAUGGCCGGAUUGGACGCCCUCCAAAGUAUCACAAGAUUCCGCAGGAAGAUUUCCAAGCCCUCCCUCCCAGUGUGGUGCACCAGUCCCUCUUCAUGUCAACCCACCCCAACCGCUCAUUCUCUGUGGGCUGGGAGCAGCACUGCAAGCUCCUGCCAGGAGUGGCGGGCAUCUCAGCCUCCACAGUCUCCAAGUGGACCAUUGAAGAGGUCUUUGGCUUCGUUCAGACCUUGACGGGCUCUGAGGACCAAGCACGCGUCUUCAAAGAUGAGAUGAUUGACGGCGAGGCCUUCCUUUUGCUGACACAGGCGGACAUUGUGAAGAUCAUGAGUGUCAAGCUGGGCCCAGCCUUGAAGAUCUAUAACGCCAUUCUCAUGUUCAAAAACACUGAUGACACCUUUAAGUGACCGGCCAAGUGGGCCCUCCUCCCACCCAUGCCAGGCUCCCUCCUCUGAUGGUGCUCCUUUCCUGCACCCUUGUCCUCAUGGUCUGACUAGGGCUGGCCCUUCCCAGAAGGUGGAUGGGAGCAGAGGAGCCUGGGCAAGGGAAUCUUGGCCUUCAGUCCUGGAGUCCAUUUGUCUCCAGUUUGCCCCCGUGCGGGUGUGACUAAACUGAGGCCUGACUAAUAGCAAGGAAUGCAGGUAUCCUGGCUAGGGCAGCCUGCAUCUUCAGCUACCUUGGUUACCGUCUUAGGAGUUAGGAGAAGCUAGGUCCAGUAGGUAUCAUCUACCCGGGUCCUCUUUGGCAUCCCUGUGCUCUCUUCUCCUUGGCCCCUCUCCUCCUACUAAGAAGUGACCAUGACUUUGGCAUACAUAUUUACACAUAAAAGGUGCCUCCUCCCUUUCUACUGUUGGCUGUGUACCCUUCCUAGAUGCCGGGUCCAGCCAGACCCCAUGGCUCUUCUGUAGAUGCUUAAGUCUCAGAAAUAAGGGAGUUUCCCAUUGGGAGCCUCUGGCUGUCUUUCCACUUUUGCCUCUAGGUGGAGAUCAAGAGCCAAGGCACCUUCGUAAACAUGUUCAGUUGAGGACCACUCAGCAUUGGAGUGGCCAGUUCCAGGGCUUAGUUCCAGCAGAGUGAGCAGAUAGUUAGAGCCCAUGUUAAAAUAAAUGGAGCCUUGAUGCCACCUACACACCAGCAGCUGCAGUCUGUUGGGUAUGGGGAAGAUGCAGGCUGGACUGGUAGGCAGUGCAGGCUAGGAUGUCAGACACCUUGGAGUCUUUGGCCUGAAGGGUAGCUCCAGACAGCAUGGUGGCAGCAGUAUCCUCUCUGUUUCUGUGACUCUCAGUCAAGAUAUUACACAUGAGUGAGAGGCCCCUGCCGGCCCAGCCUCCUGCCAGGAGAGUGUAGCCGUGUCUAGCACACAACCCCUGUGACAUCAUAUUCACUGUGUCCCUUAAACAUUUCUCAUUUUACUCUUGAGUCUUGAGGCCACUUACAGUACAGAGAUGCAAAGUUCCCCUCUCCAGUCUUUGAACUCUCUGUCUCUUAUGCCCUUCUUGCCAUUCUCCAACUGUCUCUCACUGCCAGCUGGCUCCCUGCUGGGGCUCUGGGACUUGGGCUUUUCUGUCCUAGUGGAGGUUCAGUUUCCACUUAACUACUGCCAAACUCGCCCCCAGCCUAUGUAGGGAGCACCAGAGCCCAGCAGAAGCCACCCCGCCCAUAGGUGGAAGUCAGUGCCAAGCUUCAUCUGGUGCUGAGGUGGCCUGCAGGCUGAAGAGCAGGGUU